GGCGGAUCCGCCUCGACUGAUUGGGAGACGCACAGCUAAACUAUUUUGCAUUAUCUUGAAAGGACCGCGCUGAGUGGUUGAGGUAUAGAAGAAGAAGCUGAAACGGGCUCUCUCAUUGGCUUAAAUUCCCCCCGGCGUCCACAUCCCGGUCAGAUUGGGCCCGGAGGUCAGUCGGAAGCCGCGGGCCUAGUGGCGACAGAGCACCCAAGUCCGGGUAGUGGGCGCUGCAGGGAGUUGGAGAGGUGCAUCUAGAGAGGGAGGGACAGCGACCCUUGGCACCUGCCUCCACCCACCCACCGGGGUCCUCUCCGCCCACCCGGGCCCCACCCACGCUCCCCUGGGGUUGGAAAAGGAGUCUUUUCAGCCGCAGCUUCUGACCUCUCGAGGUGUCUCACUCACUCAGAGUCGCUCAAAAGUGGGUCCCCAGGGCUCGGAGCCGCUGGGUAUGGGUACCGAGAAUGAAAGCCCAGAACCAGACUGCCAGAAACAGUUCCAGGCCGCAGUCAGUGUCAUUCAGAACCUGCCUAAGAAUGGCUCUUACCGCCCCUCCUACGAAGAGAUGCUGAGAUUCUACAGCUACUACAAGCAAGCUACCAUGGGACCCUGCCUGGUCCCCCGGCCUGGGUUCUGGGACCCAAUCGGACGAUAUAAGUGGGAUGCCUGGAACAGCCUGGGCAAGAUGAGCAGGGAGGAGGCCAUGUCUGCCUACAUCACUGAGAUGAAGCUGGUGGCACAGAAGGUGAUCGACACAGUGCCCCUGGGCGAGGUGGCAGAGGACAUGUUUGCUUACUUCGAGCCCUUGUACCAGGUGAUCCCCGAUAUGCCGAGGCCCCCGGAAACCUUCCUGAGAAGGGUCACAGCAGGUUGGAGAGAGCAGGUACUGAAUGGAGAUGUUGGGGCUGCCCCAGAGCCUCCCUGCCUCCCCAGGGAACCAGCACCCCCCAGUCCAGAGUCCCGGCCACCUAGGGACCUGGACUCUGAGGUUUUCUGUGAUUCCCUGGAGCAACUGGAGCCUGAGCUGCAGGUUUGGACAGAGCAGAAGGGAGCCCCUGGAGGAGAGCCUGACACCAGAAACAGCUCCCUGCUCCCUGCAGAGAAAGAGGGCAGCGCGCUGGGGCCCCAGGAAUUGGACACGUGGCUGGUGGGGACAGUUCGGGCACUGCAAGAGAGCAUGCGGGAUGUCCAGGGGAGACUGCAGAGCCUAGAGAGCAUGCCCAGCCUCCCCAAGCAGAUCUGCUUGCCCCUUACACCUGGGCUCCUGAGCUCCUGCAGCAUGGCUCACAGCCACCCUUCUCGGAGCCCCUGCUGAGUGCCAAACACAGGAUUUACAUUAUCUCAUUUAAUCCGCACAUCAGAUGAACUAGGUUUGCUUUUCAUUUCCCUUUUACAAAGGGGAAACCAAGGCUCUGAGAGGCUGAGUAAUUCAGCCCAGAGGAACCUCACAGAGCUGCUGUGAGGAUUAGAUAAGAUAAUGCCCCCCCAGCCCAGGAAGGCCUUCUCCAAUGGGCUCCAUUGUUACUAUUAUUACUAUUAUUAUUAUUAUUAUUAACAACAUCCAGUGAUGGAGCUGGGAGUGGCCCCAGGUCUGUCUCCCUCCGAAGCUGGGACUCACCACUGACUCUGAGUGGGUCUGUUCUUGAGAAGCCUGGGGUCAUGGGGGCAGGAGACGGCUGAAUUGCUGGAUAUGGGGGAUCGCUUGGGUGAUCCCUGACCCCCUCGACAAUGUGGGUGGCAGGGAUUUCCUCAGAUUCACCUUUCAACGCCCACCCCUUCGAGGCUUUAUUUACUUAUUUAUUUGACCUUUAGCUAAUUUUACAUGCUGAAGAUUUUAAAGACUCCACCCUGAAAUAGCUGGUUUUCCAUCUCUAAAAAUAAGAACAUUCUAGUACCUAGCCCAAACGACAACAUUUUAGCACACAAAGUCCUUCAUAUUAUCAAACACCCAAUCCAAACUGAAAUCUCCCCAGUUGUCCUGAAAUUGCCUUUGCCAGCUUCUCUGUCCAGUCAAAACGUGCUGCGUUUGGGUCCUCUGUCCUUUAAGACUCCUUUCAUCCAGACCAGCCCUUCUUCCUUGCUACUGACUUAUCGGGACUGGGCCAGUGCAGUGGUCCUGUAGAAUGUUCCUUUUUGGGACUUUCUGAUUACAUCCUCGUGGCUAGUUUACGUGACCAGAUUAUGUCAGAUGUGAUGUUCUUCACAUCAGGGGACACAGAUCUGGAUGUCCCACCAUAAAUGAUUCUUACAUGGACCACCAGCAUAGAUGAAGGGGUGACAGUCGGAUCCCAUCACACCGUUGGAGCCAGGGAAUGUCCAGCUUCCCCAUUAACCCCACUGGCCACAUGAUUUUUGACAAUUGAUGGAUAAUCCUUGCCUGGAUCAAUAUUUGGAAAAAAUGUUGAUUUUUAAUUUCUAUUAUUUCUUUACUAUAUAUUAGGUUUCACUUUUCUGUAGCGUGUCAUCUAGCGGUUCCCUGAAGUACAGUGCCUUAUGGAAAGGCAGAAUAAAGGCUUAAUUCUUUCUCUUUAA